UUCUAACGACUGUGUGGUCUAUAUUUGUUUCUAAUUCGAAAAUUAUCAUAAAAAGAGAACAGAAUAUGAAUCGAUAUUUCUCAAACUUUCCCUUGUUUCUAUCUCACUUGAAGAAUGGAAAUGGGCUGUGUUUGCCUCCAAUUCUCAUCUCAAUCUUCGUCUUCCAUCGUUCUAAAGAGUACUACAACAUCACCAUCGCCCAUUGGUCGAAGGAAGUUCUUGGUACCAUCUAUAAUUUCUAAUCCGUUCCUCCAAGUUUUCGGCGGAAAUCACUCUUUGAUCCAUUUAAACAUCUCAAAAUCCUGCUCUGUGAGACUGUCACCCAAACCCAUUUCUUCGGAGGCUUGGGAUUUUGGUAGGUUUUUGAGAACGUUGUACUAUUUCAACGGACCUCCAUCUCCUGCUAAGUUUUUUGAGUCUCUGAUUGCUAAAUUGUCGGGUCCAUCUACGAACAAACCUGUUGAAGAAAUGGAAACUUCUGGAUUCAUUCUUGUAGCUGGAGCAACGGGUGGUGUUGGUAGAAGGGUUGUUGAUAUCUUGAGGAAAAAAGGGUUGCCUGUUCGAGCUUUGGUUAGAAAUGAAGAGAAAGCAAGAAAGAUGCUAGGCCCUGAUAUUGACUUGAUUGUUGGGGAUGUUACAAAGGGGAGCACUUUGGCACCUCAUAACUUUAAGGGAGUGAGGAAAGUUAUUAAUGCUGUCUCCGUCAUUGUUGGGCCAAAGGAAGGAGACACUCCAGACAGAGCAAAGUAUAGCCAAGGAGUCAAGUUCUUUGAACCCGAGAUCAAAGGUGAUUCACCAGAAUUGGUGGAGUUUAUUGGAAUGCAAAAUUUGAUCAAUGCUGUGAAAGCUAGCGUUGGACUCCGAGAUGGGAAGUUACUUUUUGGAUUUGAAGGCAAUAAUCUCAAAGAAAUUCCUUGGGGUGCUUUAGAUGACGUUGUAAUGGGUGGAGUGAGUGAAAGUUCAUUUCAAAUUGACUUCAAAGGUGGCGAAAAUGGUGGACCAACUGGAGUUUUUAAAGGUGUUCUUUCAACUGCAAACAAUGGUGGCUUUACUAGUGUUCGGACGCGGAACUUUUCUGUACCAGAAGAUCUUUCUGCUUAUGAUGGAUUGGAAUUGCGUCUCAAAGGCGAUGGCCGUCGGUAUAAACUGAUCGUGCGCACCAGCACUGAUUGGGAUACUAUUGGUUAUACAGCCGGCUUCGACACUGUCAAAGGCCAAUGGCAGUCUGUUCGUGUGCCAUUUUCUUCUUUGAGGCCAAUAUUUCGAGCUCGAACUGUUGUAGAUGCCCCACCUUUUGACCCUACAAAUAUUGUGUCACUGCAGCUCAUGUUUAGCAAGUUUGAGUAUGAUGGGAAACUCAACCCAACUUUUGUAGAAGGUGCAUUUCAGCUUCCAUUAUCAAGUAUAAGGGCUUAUAUUAAAGAUCCCAUAACUCCCAGGUUUGUGCAUGUGAGUUCUGCUGGAGUCACACGACCUGAUAGGCCAGGGCUCGAUCUCAGCAAGCAACCUCCUGCCGUCCGAUUGAAUAAAGAAUUGGAUUUUAUUCUUACAUUCAAAUUGAAGGGAGAGGACUUAAUUCGAGAAAGUGGAAUUCCUUAUGCAAUUGUAAGACCUUGUGCGUUAACCGAGGAGCCCGCUGGUGCCGAUCUCAUUUUCGAUCAAGGAGAUAAUAUAACGGGAAAGAUAUCGAGGGAAGAGGUUGCUCGUAUUUGCAUCGCUGCUUUGGAAAGUCCGUAUACGUGUGACAAAACAUUCGAGGUUAAAAGUGUGAUUCCAUUUAGUGAGCCAUUCAGUGUGGACCCUGAGAAUCCCCCCCCGGAAAAGGACUACAAUAUUUACUUCAAAACCUUGAAGGAUGGUAUUACUGGGAAAGAACUCCUUGAGAAAAGCCCUGCUCCUGUUUGAAACAUGUAUUAUAGAGAGGAGGUAGAGUUCAUUUUUGGUACACCAAAUUUGGUAGGGGCUUUUAAAUGGAAGAUCUUGUCUGUAACUUUGUCUGUAACAGCCUUAUUACUUUCUAUGCAUUCACAGCCACUUCUGUAUAUCAGGAUUAUCAUUACUUAGUUAGCUAUUGUGGCCAUUUGGAAUCUGUUUUGCAUUGUUUACAAUAGCAACUCGUCUGUGAAAUCGUUGUCGAU